AGCGGGGACGUUACAGUUACUUAGUUACAAGGAGGAUAUUUUUUAUAUGCAUGGGCUUACUGAGAAGGUUACCGUGAGGGAAGUUGUUAGUGUUUUCUUUAGCGGUGCAUUGAAAGAUAAUGAAGAUUAUGUGAAGAUAGCUCUUGUAUACUUCUUUGCUGGGAAUUUGUAUGGUUAUCCCCAAGGCAAAAAGAUUGACAACUUUAUAUUUGCUAUGAUUAAUGUGGAUGAUUUUAUUGAAGUGUUUAAUCGGUUUGGAUGGGGAAAGUUAUUGUGGGAAAAUACUUUUUAUCACCUGAAGAUUGCAUUGAAGGAUGGAAAUGAUACCUUUGAACAACUUGCUAAGAAAAGGAUGAUUGAGAAGGGUUACAAGCUUAAAGGAUUUCUUAUUGUGUUUCUUAUUUGGCUGUACGAGAUCAUUCCGUCUUUGUCACCUCGUUUUUGCAAAAGAAUCGACAACAAGAGUCCUCGUGUUCUGAAUUGGGAGAAUAGCCCUACAUCGGAAUUUAGUGAGUUGAUUCAGGAUGUGUUUAACAAUUCGAAGGUUUCUCAUGAAAAGUUGGACCAUAUUUGUGUUGAACUGAAUUUUAUUAAAGAGUGUCAACAACAAAUUAAGGAUGGUAUUUCUAGUUUGAGAAUUGAGUUUUUGGGUGAGUUUGCUAAAUUAGGAAAAAUUCUCAAUGGAUUGAAGAAGAAGAGUGAUGGCAGUUCUAAGGAUUCUAAAUUUUUUCCAUCCCUUAUAAGAGAGGUAACUAGUUUCUUUGUUUAGUGUUAUUUGAUUAUACUAUCGAUGAACCAUCGAUAUUAUUGAUGGUUUAGUGAUGGCAGGAUGACAUAUUUUUUCUUGGUAUUUUAAUUGAUUAUCGAUGGUUUGUCGAUGGUUUUUCCUUAUGUGAUUAAUUUUGCUAUAUCUUUUUUGGAUCGAAAUAGUAUCGAUAUACCAUCGAAAAAGUGUCAAAAAUUGUCAUCUCUUACUUUUUACCCUAAUUAUCGAGAAGAUGUUGACAUAUUAUCGAAAAAGCAUCAUAAUUAUAGAAUUAUAAAUAUUCAAUGUAAUAGUUUUAAUUUUAAAUAUUCAAUGUUAUAUUUAAGUUUACUAUUAUUUUAUUUUAUUUAUUCAAUGUUAUAUUUAAUUUAUUAAUAAUUGAUAAAUAUGUAUCUAUUAUUAUUAAAUUAAAUGAAUUUUGAAUGUACCGUGCUUAGCGUGUCGUGCCUUUAAGGCUAGUUUAUUCGUAUUUACAUGCUAUGCUUGUCGUGCUUAAACAUAUAUUUUUCGUAUCAUGUCAUGCCUAAGUUUAUAUUUUUUUGUACCUAAUUGAACUCGUACCUUUCGGACUCAUGCCAAUCUCAUACCUAAUUUCGUAUCGUGUCAACAAAUUUAGCAUUUAUUUACACUGUCAUUUACAGUGCACCAAUUUAGGUCCAUAGGAUUCACCACAUAUUAUUUUUCUUUUACCAACCACUUUUUAUAACUCCACAUGUUAUUUAAAAAAAAAAAGUAGAUUUUUCCAACUCUUUCCUUUCUUUAACACAUGUUUAAAUACAAUUGAGAAAACCCCAAUUUCUCUCUCUCUUAAAGUAACACAUCUAAUUUAUUCGGGUAUUCAACUCAAAACCAAAACACCCAAAAGAAACCUAAACCCUUACCUCUCUCACCCAAAAUCAGCACCAAAUACAAGCCAUGGGGGUGAAGAUAUUAGAUAUGGAAAGGUUUGUUUGUUCUUAACUUUCAAUGUCUAUACUCAUUUAUUUCUUAACUUGUUUCUUUGCUCAAACUUCUUGGCAAAUCAUACCCCAUUAUGGGAAAUUAUUUUGUUCAUAUUAUAAAGUAAUCUUGGUUGUGUGAAAUGUAUAGUUAUACCCAUUUAUGGUGUUGAUAAAGGUUGAUAAAUUCAUACACAAAUACUGAAAUAUAGUUGAGUGUUAUUACCAUUUCAAUCUAAUACUUUGUUUUUUCACUACUUAACUUGUUUAUUAUUAAGGUUGAUAAAUGCACUUCUAACUAUGUUUCAAAUAUUACAGCAAACUUUUCAUGAAUUUGAAGAGUACUUAUUGCUUAUUUGAUUGUUUUAUCUAUUAGAAUUUCUAUUAUCAUUUUUAAGUUAUCAAACUACUCUAAAAUGACAUUUUUGUAAGUUAUUAUCGGUAAGAAUUUAUAAUGGAUAACUAAUUGAUAUGGUAUAAUAUGAAACUUCUUUGGGAUAAUUUAUAUGAUUUGAACAUUCUUAUUAGUAAUCUAUUAGGACUCUUUUGAGGGGUCCAUUUGAGUUGGUAAACAUGUUUUCUCUCUUUAAUUCUUUUAUUUUUUAAAAAAAUUCUAUACAGUAUGCAAUCAUAAUUUAAAAGUGCUUGUGAACUAGUUAAGAUUAGCUUUGACAUACCUGCAUUUUCCCCAAAGAUCUAAAGUGAAAAGGAAGAAAAAUAGAACAUAGAUCAGACAAAUAAUAUGUAAUAACCUUAACUGCUCACUCAUUAUAUAUGAAUAGAAUCAGUUUUGGCAUAAACUUGAAAAGAAAAAAAGACAGACAGAUAGACAUUUCAUACAAGCACUUAACAUUAGAAUUGGAAAAGAUAUAUACUUAUACAUGUAUAUAUACAUAUAAAAACAUUUAUUGUCUAAUAAUUAUUAUUGUUCUCUUAUUUUGGACAUUGUCCCACAUUGAACAAUGAUAGAGUAUUGAGCCAUAUACAUUAUAUAAAAACUCUCCAUUCAUUACUAAUUGGUAUUAAGAUGAAAUCCAAAAGUAAAACAUGUUUUGAUCAAGUUACCCUAUCUUGUGCCAGUAUCUUUUAUUGUUUUUUUUUAAAAAACAAUGUCUUACUUUUAUUACAAAUCUUGUCGGAGCUCGACUCACCCACCCGCCGCAUUUUUGUCGAGAACCUCCCCGUGGAGGUCGACGAAAAUGAUAUCCAAAGUCGUUUUAGUGAGCUUGGGAUGAUACUCGAGGUUCAAGUAUACUAGAGAACACUACAUAGCAUCAAUGUCAUAUAGUAGUAUCAAAACAAUAUUCUAUGAUAGCAUCUAUUUAACUCUAAUAGUAUAGCAUACAUUUAACUCCAAUAGUAUAACAUAAUUUUGUCAAAUAAGCAAUCCACAUACACGCAUUCUCUAAAA